AUGUGCAGGUCACGCAGUUCCGUGCCGUUUAUCCCCCUGGUGCUGUUCCUGCUGCUGUUGGCGAUGCACUGCACCGGCGGGUGCCUCGCUGCCGCUCCCGCCCUGAGACACCGCUGCAACUUCGACGAGAUGAUGCGGAAGAACGGCCCGCCGACUGCGAUGGUGCGUGAGCUUCCGCGCAAGGGACAGGGCACGAUGCAGGCGUACACCGCCACCACAAAGGAAGAUGAAGGUGACUGGAAGCCCAUCCGCAUCAGGGCUUUCGUUGUUGCUGAGAACGACACCAGCGUAACCUGCAUAAAAGCGG